GCGAAAGGAGAAAGAUUCCAGUAUGAUGCAACCCAGCGAGCUCGAUGGCCCUCCACUCCCAUAUACUGCCUUGUCAGUAACUGGUCUUUUCCAUCAAAACGUCCUGAAGUAUUCCAAGACCCUGGCCCUAGUCUGCACCCAUCAGCCCUCCGAUUUAUAUAGAAUCUCGAGCACUGGUAACGACAAUCUCAUAGCGUCUUACCUACGAUGGACCUACCAGGAUCUCGACUGUGCUAUCGAACGUUUUGCCAAUGGACUGAGGAGUCUGGGACUACGCAGUGGUGACCCGCUGGUGAUGUUCAUGACCAAUACCGCUGAAUAUGUCAUUUCCCUUUGGGCUGCCUACCGGAUUGGUUGUGUACAUGUCCCAAUAAAUCCAAGGAGCUUGUCACACACCCAGGAGAUUGAACACAUGUUGCAAACUGUGAUGAAAGGUUGCCACGCCCAAUCUCUUACCAUCAUCGCGGGUCACGCCGAUAUGUGUCUGCAGAUUGAGGAUUUGGUAUCCGGGAUGGAUUGCACCAAAAUAUUGGUCGACGGUCUGCUGGAUGGAUGGAAUUCAUUUGGAGAUCUGAUGCAAGAGACAGCCGGAGCUGCUCAGACAGAAUGGUAUGGGGAUUGCGAUCAGAGCUCAGAGUCAUCAAUUUUCUUCACCAGUGGAACUACCUGUCUUCCCAAGGGUUGCUUUAUUCAAACAUCUGCGUGUCCUUUUACAAUUGCCAUGAGCUGGCGCCAGAGCAAUCAACCGAUGUUUCCCGGUGAUAGGUUCGCCCUCGUGCUGCCAAACAAUCAUGCCUUCGGCUAUCAGUGCCUCAUUUCCACCUUCUUGAACGCGGCUACUAUCGUGUUUCCCGGAUCAGGCUUCAUCCCAGAAGCUGUGGUCCAGGGCAUCCAGCGGGAACGGUGUUCCCAUACCGCCUUUGUACCAACAAUGGUGCAUGCUUUGGGCAACUGCAACCUAGGUGCUGAUCAGAAGCUGAGCUCCUUGCGGCGAGUCGUGUUGGCGGGCGCUCCUCCAACUGAAGAAGUCUUCAAAAUCUGCCUUGAACGUCUCGGAGCACAAGGUGUGGAAAAUCUGUAUGGAAUGACAGAAGGUAUCCUCGUCUCCUCGAACGUGUUGGGCGAUGCCAGCGACAUUGUCAAUGGAAGAGAAAUCUCGAUUGGCUCACCAUUACCCGGUGCAAAGAUUCGGGUAUGUGCGGAGAGCAGCAGGGUCCCUGUUCCAGUUGGAACCGCCGGGGAAGUGCAUUUCUCUGGUCCCUCUUUGAUCAAAGAGUACAUACGGCAGGCCAACGACGACAGGUUUUACACGGACGAGGAUGGCCGGAGAUGGUUCUGCACCGGGGAUAAAGCAAUCUUGGGCAAGGAUGAUCGAUUGUAUUUGAUUGGAAGGUACAAAGAUACUAUUAUCCGCGGUGGUGAGAAUAUUGAACCAUCCGCUAUUGAAGCGACCCUGGGCCAGACAGUCGAAUUUCACGUUCUUGAACCUCAAAUUGUGAGAGCACCAGACCACAUCGCCGGAGAAGUUCCCAUUGCAAUCGUCAAUCAAGAAAUCACAGAGCGUACGGCGCUACGACUCAAAGAGACUAUUCGUGCCAAGAUGGGGACGCUUUUUGUCCCGGUAGGAGUGGUACCAGUGCAGUCCCUGGGAUUGAAGAGCUAUCCUAGAACUAUGGCAGGAAAGAUCCAAAAAUCGAAAUUGGAGGACUUGAUGAAGACAUAUUGGGGGAAAAGAAAACCACAACCCUGCAACAAGCUGCAAACUCGGUCUCUUCUAGAAUCCCAGCUCAAGCGAGCUUGGGCUCAGCUAUCAGGCUUCCGUGAUGCCAGCUUAAUAGAUGUCGAUGCAGGCUUAACUGCUUUUGUCAGUGAUGUCAACCUGGGUCCAUUGCAGCAGAAGAUGUGGAAAGAAUGGGCAAGCAACGUUUUGUUUUCCGACUGGGUCGCCGCCAGUAGUAUUGCGGCAGAAGUUCAAUUGAUUGAAAAAGCUCAAAGCGAUCAACCGGCAGAUCUUGAAUGUUCGAACACGAGAUCGGAUAAAUUCAGACAAUAUCCAGGCUCGCAGAUUGUACACUCGUUGCUCUCGGCCAUUGCAGAAGUGAAAGGGGGUCAGAUCAACCCAGAUACUCGAAUUAUUGACUUGGGGAUCGAUUCGAUAAUGUCCAUUGGAAUACUCAGCCGGGUUCAUAAAGAAACCGGAUUCUCAGUUCCAUCCUCUCUCUUCUUCACCCCAAAAACUGUUGGUGCAAUCUGUGACUAUCUCCGUUCUACUUCGAACCCGGCAGAUCUUCUAGAUCUCGGGAAAUUAACCGAUGACUCAUGUGGCCAUUCAUGCUUUUCGACACUCCUUCAGGGGACCCCAAAACCAGGAGUGCCCUCAUUAUUCCUUACACCCCCUGGGUCUGGAUACGCCUUCUCGUAUGAGCCUCUCCCCAAAUUCGCCAAUGACAUUGCAGUGUAUUCUCUUGGAUCUCCAUUUCUCAUGACAAAGUCAGAGACCACCUGGACAGUGGAGGAAGCUGCGGCAAUCUAUAUCAAGACCAUUCUCAGUCUCCAACCACAAGGGCCCUAUAUACUAGGUGGCUGGUCAAUGGGCGCUAUCACUGCCUAUGAAAUUGCAUACCAACUUCACCAACAAGGGGAAAGGGUGCUAGGUGUCAUAAACCUCGAUAUGCCAUUGCCAAGGUCGGAUACCAGUACCCCAGAACCAACUGUGAAACUGCUCGAAAUCAUGGGGUUCUAUCCUCCAAUUCGUCGCGAGGGGAAGCCCGACAUGGAAAUUCCCGCCUACCGAAGACAACACAGUCUCUCAUCUGUCAGAGCGAAAAUGAAAUACGCGCCACAUCCAAUUAGCACCUCCGACAAUCCAAACCCAGUACAGAUAUAUGUGAUCUGGGCCGGGCAUGGCGACCCUGAUCGGCUCCCAUCAAUGAUGCUGGAAGCGAAAAAGAUAUUGGAGGAACAUGGACCACAGACGCAGAAACGAACUGACCAAGAGUGGCUGAAGAUACCGCGUGAAUCUUUUGGCCCAGGUGGCUGGGCUGAAAUGGUUGGUGAGGAGAAUGUCGAGUGUCACGUUAUAGACCAUGCAGACCACGAUUCAAUGAUGGAUCCAGAAGUGGUGCAAUAUACGGCGGAUCUAAUGCAAAUAGCAAUUGACAAAUGGUUGUCUAUCUAGUGGCGGUACAUGUUGGAAAAACAGAAUUGGAGCAAUCAAGAAAUUGGAUUCUGUGAGGGAAAAACGUUUGGAAAUCAGGGACUUGAUGCAUUGAACAGCCACUAGUGGAACCAAAAGAUUAUUUUCAGAGACGCCACCAGUGCGAUACAGCUUGCAUGGCUGAUCCUGACUACCUAUGUCUCCGGACCGAGGACACAGGCUGCACCUCUCCCAUGUCCAGAUGUAGAGAUCGUGUCUUUUCACGUCCGCUACCCAACCAGACGGCACUCAUUGUGCGUUAGAUAACAGGUGCUCGGGCCAAUAAACGGUGAAUACAUG